GUCUUCCGCCGUCGUGCUGUCAGCCUCCGUGUUGUUGACGCUGUCGCCGUGAUGGACGCAGCUCAAACUUAGCAGCCGAUGAGUUUCGGGUCGUUGUAGCCGCUCGACAGAAGAUGGAGGCCGAGGACGAGGACUGCUCGGACUCGGAGGUUUUGUGUCUCAUGAGAGUCGGAAGAAACUCGGACUGGCUCCGUUUGUUCGACAACACGGAGAUCUCCAUUGGACGUGGUGUGGACGUCACCUACCAGCUGCUGUCUCCAAGCUGUCCCCUGAUGAUCUCCAGGCUGCACUGCACCUUCAAGCAGAGGGACAGCGGACAGUGGACGGUCACAGACAAGAAGAGUCUAAACGGUGUGUGGGUGAAUGGAAACCGCAUUCAGGCUGAAGAUGCUCAUCAGCUGAGGCUCGGAGACUCGAUACAACUCGGGGUUCCUGUAAUCGGAACCAAAGUGGAAUUCGACUACAUCCUCGUCCAGCGGCCCCUCAAAGACAUUGAACUCUACCUGGCAAAGGUACAUCGAGAGGGCGCCAAAGCAUCCCACGCUUCCAAAAAACCCAAGAGGAAGCUGACCGCGGAAGAAGUCGAGCCGUCUACCUCAAAGCCCAAACUCUACCGCUGCUCUUCUGCGGACAAGUCGUUUGCGAAGCCGUGCCCUCUGUCGCCGGUGAAACGCCAGCAGAGGCUCAGUCAGAGUCGGAGCCAGAGCCAGAGCCAGCCGGAGGAAACCGGACCGAGCAGACAAGAAGUCGACGAAGCAGACCAGCCGUCGAACAGCUCCAGCAGCGCGUGUGAUCUGGACAACUUACAGAUGUACAGCCAGAACAUCCUGAUGCUGAGGGAGCAGGUGGACGACACAGAGAGGCAGGUGGCCUCGCUGGGCGGGGAGCCCCAGAAGACCGACCCGCUCAGAGAGGAGCAGGUCAGGGAGCUGCACAUACAGCUGGAGACACUGAGAGCCAAGAUGCACCGGAUGGAGACGUUAGAGAAGUCCUUCAGUGAAUCUAAGAGGCAGCUGGAGGCUCAGAAGACGCAGCAACAAGAGGAGCUUCUGAAAAAACAGCUGGAAGACGCCUUGCAAGAGCAAAAGAAAGUAAUCGGCGAACUCGCACUUUCUCGGCAAGGCUUUGAAGAGAUUCUCUUGGCCAAAAACAAAGAGCUGGAAGUGACAAAGGAGGAGAAAGAAAAGGCAAGGGCCCAAAAAGAGGAAGUAGUUACACAAGUGACUGAAGUUCUGGAGAACGAGCUGCAGUGCAUCAUCUGCUCCGAGCUCUUCAUCGAGGCAGUCAUCCUGAACUGCGCACACAGCUUCUGCUGUCACUGCAUCAAGCAGUGGCGCAAGAAGAAAGACGAGUGUCCCAUCUGCCGACAGGCCAUCCAGUCGCAGACCCGCUGUCUGGCCCUGGACAACUGCAUCAACAGCAUGGUGGAAAACCUGAGUCUGGACAUGAAGGCGAGGCGGCAGACGCUCAUCACAGAGAGGAAAGGUGAGAGCAGCCGCCUCUGCUCAGGUGAUGGUGAUCCAUGAUGACGACAGCAGCGACAGUGACAGUAUGGUGUCCAUAGACAGUAGCCUGAGCUCUGUGGUCUCCGUGGACACAGACAGUAGCAUCCACUUGGGCUCCAGUUCUCCCUACAGUGGUUACUCUGAUGAAAGCUUCGACGAGUCCGAGGAUUAGCCCCCCCUGUUCUCCCGUGGGCUGUAAUGUAAAUUGGGACUUUUCGGUGUUGACGAGGUUUAUGUUUUUCUUUUUGUAAAUUCAUCAGUUGUCUUAUUGUCUUUUUAUUUGUUUUCAACUAAAGGAAUAAAGUUUCUUCCUAUGCAUUUUCA